UCGCAGUACCUCCUGGCGUGCAGACAGUCGCUUCCGUGGUCUCAAUGGUUGCGUCACGCUCUGAAUUUUUUUUCCCUUCCUGGCCGGGUGGGGCAUUGCGCGUGCGCAGAGGGCACUUCCUUCUCUCUCCCUGGGGCCUGCAGCGGUAACAAGAUGGCCAAACGAACCAAGAAGGUUGGGAUUGUGGGUAAAUAUGGCACCCGAUACGGAGCUUCCUUGAGGAAAAUGGUGAAGAAGAUUGAAAUUAGCCAGCAUGCUAAAUAUACUUGCUCCUUCUGUGGCAAGACCAAAAUGAAGAGGAAAGCUGUGGGUAUUUGGCACUGUGGCUCUUGUAUGAAAACAGUAGCUGGUGGCGCCUGGACAUACAACACCACUUCAGCGGUGACAGUGAAAUCUGCCAUCAGAAGACUGAAGGAGUUAAAAGACCAGUAGAAGCAUAUUUUUGUUCCACUGUUACUCUUCCUCUACAGUUCAUGUCCUUAUUGUCAAUUAAAGGUGGCUGUGAACAUUGAA